AUGCAGCCAAUCGGAUCGAGAGUUCUAGAAAAAGGUACUAAAAUGAGAGUAAACGUUUCGGUUAAAAUGUGCACUGGACACGACGGGACGAACCAGGAAGAGAAGUUUGGAUUGUUGUUGUCGACCUGGUGGGUAAAAUCAAGUUUGUGGCUUCAAAAUGAUAGUUUCUUCAUUUUACUUGUCUUGAUAAGGAAAAAAGUGAAAAAGGGAGGGGUACUUACCAGGGGUGCGCAAGCGUUACUUUUCAUUUGUAACUUGUCUCUGUGAUUUCAGAUUCGAUGGACAAGAUUCUGUUUGUUAUCAACGGUCUUUAUCGCGAGCAAGUGCCAAAAGUAUUUGACAAGAAACUUCAACCGGUCGAGCUUAUCUUACCGGGAAAAAACGCCUUUGUACAGAUACCUACUGACUCUACAAAAGAAAAUCUUUGAUUACUGAUUAGAAGUUGUAUUUGUUGAUAGUCGCUCAUUAACCUUAGGGAAAUGAAUAAACAUAUCAUUAUCUAUUAAGCUGUCGUAAUGUCUUUUCAAUUUUUAAAAUUAAUUUCUACAGAGUUGUAGAACUGACAUAUUAUAUUGUGACCAAUUGGAUUCACAUUGCUGUACGUAAUCGUACACACUUUGCUGUCAUUCACGUUAAAAAAACAAUGACUCACGUUCGCGACACUCCUUUUUUAUAAAUGUUAAUAAAAGAGCAAUGUCAUAUCAUAUAAGGACCUCUUCUUAAAUAUUGUUGUCUAAUAUUUGCAAUAUUUCCAAAAAUUCGACCAAUAUAAAGACAGACCAAUAUAUAUUGUCAGAACAUACUAUUACCUUAAAAUACCCUAAAAUGAUACUCAAAUUUACUGUGCUUCUAAUAUUACUGCCAUUUUCAUUAGCACAAACUUCGUAUACGUUUUCUUACAGCUACAAUCAAUGUAAGUUAUUGAUCAUUUUUUGUUACACUAUGUUACAGUAGCAGUUUAAGCCCAUAUUAGUACUAAGCACAAGCUUAUCUGUACCAUAAGUAGCUCGAAUGUUUUGGUAGUUGUUGGUAAUUACGUAUAACAACAAAUUGUAUAUUGUUGUUAUAUUCAACUCAUGUUAAUUUUUAAAAGACAAUAUCAUAAAACUUUUAGCAAACGAACAGACAUUUUACAUAGAGACAUCGCUGGGAUCUGAUAAACAGAAGAUAAAGCUUGGACUAGACACAAAUAGACCAAUAAGUCUCUUCUUCAGCCCAAAAUGUGUCCAAGACAAGUGUGUUACAGAGAAUGUUGAGUACCAGUACGACAACACGUAGGUCGUUUUGUCUUGUAGCUUUACACAUACUACAGAUCAGCAACUUGUAUAUGUUAACUGUAUUGAGUAGAGUAGAGUACUGUAGUAUAGGGUAGUGUAGGGUAUGAUGGGGUACAGUAGGGCAGGGUAAUGUAGGGUAGCGUAGGGCAAGGUAGAGUACAAUAGGGUAGGAUAAAGUAAGGUAGACUAAAGUAGGGUAAAAUAAGGUAUGGUACGGUAGGGGACGAUAAAAUACGGUAAGGUACUGUUGGGUAUGGUAAAAAGCUCUCUAAAUCAAUGCCCCCGAAAAUAUUUUCAGAAAAACAGGCGGCAAAGACCUUGACAAACCAUACCAAGACGAAACCUACAACAACAUCGCCAAAUGGUCGGGCAAACAAUUCUUGGAUACGAUCAAGUUUGGUCCUCAAUAUUAUAAAGAUCUGACCAUUGCUGUGGUCGACUCAUCCAGUUCGGCCGAAAAAGUGGACUGGAAUGGUUAUUUGGGGCUGAGGACAGGCGGAGAGCUGAUAAUUAAGGUUAUGAAGGAAGCACAGUAUCCACAAAUCACUAUCCAGGAGGGGCGUGGCUUCAUACCCAAGGUAACGUUAGUAAUGUCACUUUCACUUUCAUUUUUGAGUUAUCCUCCAUCCCCAACUUCUGUUUCUUACCGUCUUUAUAUUACCUUUCAGAUAUUAAAUCUUUCCCCUUAGGUAUUAAAUUAUCUUCCAGAAUAACAUAUAUGUUUUAGAAGAACAAACAAGUGGCCAAGUUCAGUUACGGCUCUUUUACUUUUGGCAGUCGCGAUGCUAAAGGCUGUGGAAACUUUACCUUCUUCAACACGACUAAUCACAACAAUCAAUGGGCACUAAAAGCUAUGUAAGAUCUUUAUACUGUAUCUCUAGAGCAACAAAUUUUUUUUUACUUUAAUCUUAAGCUAGUGUUACUUUAACUUAAAGUUUGAACUAAGCAUAAGAACAAUAUACUACAAGUUAAACAAAUAAAACAGUUUUCAGAGUAAAAAUAGGUAAUACCAAGUACGACUUCCAUAAUGUAGCUCUGAACAUUGGGAGACGAACCCAGAUACCUCAAAAUGCCUUCGACGAAUUCAAGUUAAUGGAGGAUAAAACAAGUUUAAGCGACAUUCCGGACAUCAGAUUCGUUGAUGACAAAGAGUACGUACUCAAGGCAGAAGACUUUGCUUGGUAUAACAAGGACGUAAGUGCUACAGUAAAAUCAUAACAUUACAACGCCAUUUUACAAUAAAAACCUAAUUAAAAUACCAUUUUACAUUACCAACCUAAUUAUUUUGCCAUUUUACAGACCAACAGCUGGAGGACUACAGUGAGCCAACACCUACAGAACUGUACCGUUUCGCUUUGGGAAGCGAAUUCCUACAAAACUACUGUGUAGCCCUGUCUUCUGAUGCCAAUGUAGCCAACAAACAAAUUGGAUUCGCUGAGAAUUUCAACAACAAAAGCAGCGACAUUAAGUCAGCUACGUUAACAUCACUGAUACUUGUUGUUUUCUCUUGCUUUACGCUGUAA